ACAGUCUUUAUCGCCGCCAUAGAGCUCGGUGCGGGACGGCGUGCUUUAUAGCGCAUGAGACCCGCUUUUGAACAAUAGCAGCUGUCUGUGUGUGUUUGUUUCUUCAUAAUAACCUGCAUCAGGACAUCUCAGUUAAGAGCAGGCGCUAGAGCGUAUCUCUUGACCGUACUAUAGUUCCAAAGCCAAUGGCAGAACAAUUUGGGUUCAAACCACCCUAAGGUGGGCACUUCAUCACUCUGGAGUUCAUUUAAGCAAAGUGGGUCUCACCAGGGUGUGCUCAACAGGGAGGCAAGGCUCUGACGAUGGAGAAUGGACAGAGCACCGCCUCGAAGCUCGGCCUGCCACCCCUUACCCUCGAACAGCAGGAGGCGCUGCAAAAGGCAAAGAAGUAUGCCAUGGAGCAAAGCAUCAAGAGCGUGCUGGCCAAACAGACCCUCGCUCAGCCUCAGCCAAUUAACAACUUCCAGCUCCCCAAUUCCUUAGGAAUGGCCUCACUGUCCAUGGCUGGUUUCGGUGAUCCUCUUUCACCCUUGCAGUCGGUUGCAGCGCAGCGACAGAGGGCGCUAGCCAUAAUGUGUCGUGCUUACGUUGGCUCAAUUUACUAUGAGCUCGGAGAGGACACUAUCAGACAGGCUUUUGCUCCUUUCGGGCCCAUAAAAAGCAUCGACAUGUCCUGGGACUCUGUUACACUGAAGCACAAGGGAUUUGCAUUUGUAGAAUAUGAGGUCCCAGAGGCAGCACAGCUGGCUUUAGAGCAGAUGAACUCAAUCAUGUUGGGAGGCAGAAACAUUAAAGUGGGACGUCCAAGUAAUAUUGGUCAGGCUCAGCCAAUCAUAGACCAGUUAGCAGAGGAAGCGCGGGCCUUUAACCGAAUCUAUGUAGCGUCGGUACACCCAGACCUGUCAGAUGACGACAUCAAAAGUGUCUUCGAAGCAUUUGGGAGAAUCAAGUCGUGCUUACUGGCUCGGGAGCCCACGACGGGGAAACACAAAGGCUACGGAUUUAUAGAGUACGACAAAGCCCAGUCGUCGCAGGACGCCGUGUCCUCCAUGAAUCUGUUCGAUUUGGGUGGUCAAUACCUGCGCGUGGGCAAGGCCGUGACUCCACCUAUUCCAAUGCUGGCGCCCAGUGCGCCCGGCGGCCUCCCCCCUGCGGCUGCUGUCGCCGCGGCUGCAGCCACGGCUAAAAUCACUGCUCAGAUGGCAUGGAAUCUUUCCACUCCGGAGAAUCGGACAGAAGACUUCCUCAACUGUCUGGAAGCGGUUGCUGGUGCGUCCAUCCUGGGGGCAAUGACAGCUGGCUCGGUGACCAUGCCGCAGCUCCCCCAGGCCGUCAUGGCAGCCCAGGCCCCAGGGGUCAUUACAGGCGUGACUCCGGCGCGGCCAGUGAUACCCCAGGUAGGCCUGGUGAAUCCCGUGCUGGCCUCUCCGCCGGUGCUGUCUGCCGCCGUGGCCGCCGCGCAGGAGGCCAAGGAGAAGAAAGAGAAGGAGGAAGAGGAGGCCGCGUUAGCCGGCACCGGUCAGGAGAUGCUCAGCGAGCAGGAGAACAUGAGCAUCUCGGGCAGCAGUGCCAGGCACAUGGUCAUGCAGAAACUGCUAAGGAAGCAAGAGUCAACGGUUAUGGUGCUGAGGAACAUGGUCGGCCCGGAGGACAUAGACGACGACCUGGAAGGUGAGGUGACUGAAGAAUGUGGCAAGUUCGGUGCCGUCAACAGAGUGAUCAUUUACCAGGAGAAGCAGGGUGAAGAGGAGGACGCCGAGGUCAUAGUUAAGAUCUUUGUGGAAUUUUCUGCUGUUUCCGAGAUGAACAAAGCCAUUCAGGCUCUAAACAAGCGCUGGUUCGGAGGUCGAAAGGUCAUAGCUGAAGUUUACGAUCAGGAGCGCUUCGACAACAGUGACCUCUCGGCAUAGACUGACAAAUCCAUCUUCUCCUCACGUUACCCGGUAUUCGGUUUAUUUCAUACACAAGUACAGAUUCAGCUGCUCACCACUAUUCCCAGUGGUGCAAGCCUCAAUUUUUAACUUGUAAGUAUUUUUUAUUGAUGUUGAUAUUAAUAUUAUUAAUUGACGCCUUUUGGGGACGUAGUCAAGCGAAAGCUCAUGAAUAUUUUUUUCUAUCAUUGUUGCGUACUGUGAAGGACUGUUAUCUGAAGAUAUGUUCCUGUAUUGGUUUUGUUCCUUCCCUUCCCAACUAGAGUUUUGAUUAGAUUGCAUUUUUUGUUUUGUUUUGCCCCGAGUUACUUUUCAAAACAUUCGUAAGCAUUUGGUUUAACAGCCCGGAUCAAUAAAUUCUUCAAAUACAA